AUGGUGGUGGGUGGUGAUCGCUCUAGCGGUGAGAAGGGAGGCGCCGGUGACGGUCAUAGCGACAGCGAUUGUUCUUCCCCUUCUUCCACAUCCACUUCUUUAUCGUCAAAAUUACCAUGUGCACCUGCGGCCCAACAGUCUGAUGAAUUCACUGAUGUUCCAACCUCUCGGGAGAGUACAACAGGGGCGAUUUCAUCCUCUGAGCGUUCGCGGCGACUCGCCCUCUUCGGCAGUCGGGCCUUAGCGGCAGGCUCAAAAGGGCACCACAUUGCUGGACCAUCUUCUUCAACCACCUCACCGGUGACUGCGGUGACAUCUUGCUCACGUGCCGACCAGAGACAAGGAGUGUCUCCUUACGGUGCGCGACGGGGUGAUAUUUCGGCUUUUGUUCGUCCAAGUAGUGAAGUUUCAUCGCAGGGUAAGUAUUUGGUUGUUGGCGAUGGGAUGAUGGCACCCUUCAUGGCUUUGUGCCUUCGUGUCCAUGGUCUCGAAUGUGACCUGGCGCAUCAUAUCAGCAGUAAUGACGCCGAUCGCGGAACAGUUGUGUUGACACCCUCGCUAACGCAGGUAAUGGGUGAUGUGCUGAACGUCAGUGUUCCAAGCGGCAGCGUUGUUGGACGUAUCCUCACCUUUGAUCAUGUUGGAAACGACAUGUGUGAUAUCGACCUUAAUGAGUUUCGUGAAAAGGGCGAAAGCCCCACAUUUUUCUGCUGUGAUAGGCUAAAGUUGGAGCGUGCACUUCUCUCACUGUGCGAGGUCGGGGUGCACAGCUGCCACGUGUUGCCGAAGCCGCUUAUUGACCGUGGUGGGCUUGAAGCGCUGGACUCGGGAGGUGUUCGCGUUCGCUUUGCGAGCGGCCACCAUCAGGACUAUCUGGGCCUUAUAUGCACGGGGCGUAGCCAGGAGCGUGUACCUGAGCUGACGAUCACUAACGAGGAGCUUCAGUUGCGUGCAGAAAACGCCGAAAAGUUCCGUGAAGCACAAGCAAAGGCAGUGCGAUGGUUGGAGAUGUGUGUACCUCCGUUACCUGAGUUGGGUCGGUUUGAGAAGCGUUUCACCCCUGGCUCUCAGGAGAUUGUUGAGCUUCUCACUCCUCGUGAUGCGAAGAUGACUGUGCGUCCGACUAUGAUGGCAACGAAGUUGUUCUACAAUGUGACCAUUACUAUACCUGACAGCACACCGGACCCACGGUUGAAGAGUAGUAGCACAAAGCAAUUCUGGGAUGACGUAGUUAUGCACUGGACGUCCGGUAUACCUGGAUAUGUUUCACACACGAUGUUCCGUCCAAUUAUGACACACAUGCAGCAACACUUCACGAAGAGUAGUGCGCUCGUGUAUCGCACUCCGCUCUUCCUUAUGCCGCACUGGUCGGAGGGUGGUGGGAGGGUUAUUAAAGUUGCGCACGCGGCUCAUGGCGCAGCUUUUGACGCAGUUGAUGUCGCCGAUGCACAAGGCUUCACAGACUGCUUCUGCCUUGCGCGUACAAUUGCCGAAGGAAAUGAUGUCCAGCAGUUCCUGCGUGAUAGGCGGCUGCAGGUGAUGGAGGAACUUGAUCACCACGCGACGCUGCUUAACUACGGUGUGCGGGAACGAGGUCAGGUUGCCUACAUGAGUUCCAGAUUUGCCAUGAAAAUAUUACGACGUUACAAGAAAAACUGGAGAAGCAUUCUUCAAAACUAUGUGACGCUGAUGCCCAAGAUAGUGAAGUGA